AUGCGUCCGGCCUCCACAUCAUCAGAGCCUCUGGCGAGCCCCGACUACUACGAGAGGCUGGGCCGCCUCCAGCACCGGCUGCGGGACAGUGAAAAAAAGAGACUGGACCUGGAAAAGAAACUGUAUGAAUAUAGUCAAUCUGAUGUAUACAGAGUUAAGCUGAAGUAUGUUAAACUAAAGAAAUACCUGAAGGAAAUAUGUGAAUCAGAAAAGAAGGCUCAUACCCGAAACCAAGAAUAUUUAAAGCGGUUUGAGCAUGUCCAAGCUCAUGUUGGACACCUUACCACAAAUACAGAGAAGCUUCAAGAACUGAAGAACGAAUAUGAGGCUCAAAUGAAGAAGAUGCAGCUACUGUCAAAAGAGAGCCUGGGAACAAGAGGCGAACUGGAAGAUGAAGACAGAGGAAAGGUUGCAAGGCAGGCAGGAAUUAACUCGGGGACAGCCAUGUCAAGAGGAUUGUAUCAACCAGCAACAAUCUUUAUGGGCUGCCAAAUGUCAGCUGUCUCAAGCAUUGGUUUCAGUACAGAGCAGAAAUCUCCCCAGCCCACAAAGAACUUUUCAAUUCCUGACCCACAUUCACACCGACAGACAGCCCAGAGCGGUAAUGUGACAGACAGCUAUGUAGUACAAACUAAUAGUGACACACAGCGCUUAAAUGAGUCUGACAAAAUAGAUGGAAAGACAUCUCUUCAGAUUGGUGAGGAAACGCCAGUCACAGCCAGCUCAUUGUCUGAGGAGGAACAAACUCAUUGCUUGCAGAUAGGAAGCAACACACGUCACGGUGAGAGUAGUUUAUCUGAAGGCGAAAAGUCUGCUGAACUCCAUUCCCUGUUAUGGAAAAGAUUAAGUCCAGAGAACAGAACCACUGAUUUAAAGUGUGACAGUUCCAGCAGAUCAGAGGGAUCAGAAGGAGAAAUACUGACACAGGAACAUAUUGAAGUCAAGGAAGAAAGAGCCAGACCUCCAGUCUCUCGGGUAUCAGUCUCAGAAUACUGUGCAUCUGAAAAUAAGUGUUCUCAAGAGAAGGAUUCUGCUUGGGAAGGUUUCUCAGAUCAUCUUCCUCCCAGGGACCCGGAGUCACAGAAACCCUUCAGAAAAAUGCAGGAAGAGCAGGUGGAGGAAAGUUUGAGCAGCAGUAGCAGUGACCUCACAGUCUCUGUCAGUGAAGAUGAUCUCAUUUUCAAGAGUCCAGAACCACAGCCAAAUCCAAGUGACAAGAUGGAGGGAGAAGAUGGAAUAGAGGCCUUAAAAUUAAUCCACUCUGAGCAAGAAAGAGAUGCCCUAUCCACCGAAAAACAUAAUUGUAUUUUGCAAACCCUAAGCUCUCCUGAUUCAAAAAAGGAAUCCUCCACUAACUCACCAAUAAGAGAAUCUGAACAAGCCCCAGCAGCAGCCUUAUUGAGGGCACACUUGGAUCGGCAUGUUGCCACCUUGCAAGAACAUGAUAAUUCUAUCAAAGAAGAGGCAACAGCAUUAUUGAAAAAAGCCCUUACAGAAGAGUGUGACGAUAGGUCAGCUAUUCACAGUAAUGAAUCAUCUUGCAGCUUGCCGUCUAUUCUGAAUGACAAUAGUGGAAUAAAGGAAGCCAAACCCGCUCAGUGGCUCAACAAUGUUCGUACAAAGGAACAAGAAGUUUCCAGUGGCUGUGGAGACGAGAGCAGGGAAGAAAGCAUGGCAGCGAAGAUCCCGAUAACAGAAACAAAAGCCUACCAGUUGCUGAAGCAGUCUACCCUUCAGGAUAAUAUGAAUCACACUGAUGACAGAUUCCAAAAGAUGGAUGUUUCUGUGUUACAACUGUCAGGUCUGAACAUUGGCAGCGGGACAUUCAAGACAAAGACAGCUAACAAAAUCGCUUUGGAGGCUAGUUUUUCAUCGAGCGAAGGAAGUCCUUUGUCAAGGCAUGAAAAUGAAAAGAAAUUAACUACCAACUUAGAGUCUAAAGCCUUCUGGGGUGAGUCUGAUGACAGUAACUCAGAAAUUGAAGCUGCGUUACGUCCUAGAAACCACAACACAUCCGCUGAUGAUUUUGAUGAUUUUUAUGACUAA